AUGGGGGUCGAAACACUCACUAUGAUAUCGGCGACGCCCUCACCGUUCGCACGCAUGAAUCGCAUCGCGUUACACGAGAAGGGCAUCCCUUUUGAGCUGCAGAACGAGGUCCCGUGGGACAGCACCACGGCCACUCGAAAUUAUAACCCACUGGAAAAGCUUCCCAUCUUGCUCUUUCCAGACUCGGAGAACCAGGAACCAGUCUAUGACUCCGCUCAUAUACAAAACUUCAUCGUGACGAAGUAUGCCGACAAAUCGCCAAAAUUGGUCACUGGCGACAUCAAUCUUGAUCUCAAAGCACGUCAACUCCUGACUCUGUCCGAAGGCGUCCUUGAUGCCUUUGUUCUCAUUUUUUGGGAGUCAAAACGACCAGAAAACAAGCAGAGCGCAGAAUGGUUAGCGCGUCAACAGCGCAAGAUUGACGGUGGGCUUGCUGCUUUCGAGAGUUUGUGCCAAUCGCGGCAGCCAAAGUCGAGUGAGUACAUUAUUAACGACACGUACACCAUCGCAGAUAUCGCGAUCGCUUGUGCGACUGCGCAGAUUGAUUUUGGUAGUAUGCGUCCUGGGUGGAGGGAGAAGUAUCCAGAACUGGCUAAAUGGUACACGAAGAUGGAAGAAAGAGACACAUUCAAGAAGACGUAUCCCGUAAUGUUUGAGGUUAAGGACAGUGUAGUGUGA